UUGACAUUUUUGAAAAAAAAAAAAAAGGGAAAAAAACCCCACUAGAAAAAAAUCGAAUCUCGUGAUUAUAAUUAUUUUAUUGCUAUCAUGCUGAUAGCAGUGAUCAGAAUAUUUGCCAUAAUCACGUGUAACCAUUCAGUCCAUGAUUUGCUGACGCGUGUGUUUAUGUAACCAGCGCGCGCCGCAGUCACCAACACUGCAGACAAAUAAGUGUCCUGUGCAGAACCUCACGGGAAGCACACGACGUAUGAACGUGAUCGGCGCGCGCAGCCCAGGGUGGCCCUGUUCGCUGUGACCAUGACCCGGAAGGUUACGGCGUAGAAAGGUCCCGGAUUACCGUCAUCGAGAAAUGGUCGGGCUACUUUUGGGUAAGGAUUAAGCUUUGUUCCGUCCUUAGAGACUGCUUAGUGCACCACCAUCUUACCGAAAUAAGUGUUUUGUGAUCCAUCCACCAACCGUGAUCGACUUGGCGUGCUUGGAAAUGGUUUGUGAGCGCUGAGGAGUGGAAGAUCGUGGAAGGGCGAGAAAAACAAGCGGUCACUCUCUCUCUCGCGGCUGCAAGCCAGCUGAGCGAUUCAUUUCUCUCAAGAUUCCCGCUCGGGGGCAAAACAUGGUCUUUGCUUACAGUGUUUAUUCUGCUCCAUGACUUGCUCAUCAGCUGCCACAGCGACGCAGGCAUCUGACAUGUUGUUGUGCGCUGGUGUAAAGUGGGUUGUCCAGCUGCGCUACACACAACCUCAUCAUACGCAGUGCUGCCCUGUGAAUCGUUGACGAAUAUCUAUCUGCGUGUUGUUGUCUGUGUUUUGGCGAAGACAGAUCGCAUAUAAAUCCCAGCAUCGAGAUCGAUGAUCGUUUAACUGGACUACAGAUCGCCGGAAUAUUGAGAGUAAAGUUCACAGACCUGUAUAUCCUGUUGCCCUCGUUUGGGGGGUUGUUCAAGAGGUGCGUCGCUAUAUAGUCGGCAACUGCCAAGCCAGCCCAUGAAGACUCCACUGAUGAGUAGUAAGUCAGGAGGGAAGUCACCUUCUUGUAAGGUGUGUGGUGAUGAAUCCUCUGGUUUCCACUAUGGCGUUGAUUCAUGUGAAGGCUGCAAGGGCUUCUUUAGGAGAUGCAUUACUCAGGGAAUGACCCACAAAUGUGCCAAUGAAGAGAAAUGUGAAAUCACUCCUUUCACACGAAAUAGCUGUCAGUACUGCAGGCUCAAGAAAUGCUUCGAAGUUGGCAUGUCCAGAGAAGCUUCUCGCCUUGGACGUCGGCCAAAACGACUAAAAGAAGUCGGAGGAGAUGGAAGCAGUGGUUCACGAAGUCACACGGGGAACUUGCCCAUUGCCCCGUAUCCCUCGCCGCAGGAACUAUACCGCCUUCGGAUGGCAGAGCUGCAGAAGCUCCUGCAGGCUAAUGGUACCUUCAAAGCCGAGCUCAUGGAAGCUUUCCUGUCAGCUGCCAAGGCCAGUUUCCAGGAGCAUGCUAAAGGGAGUGCUUCUGGAGGCAACACCCAAAACAAAGGUCAUGCUACAAAGCAUAUGGUGGAUGCUGCAGGGACAGGAAUCAUGAACCAAUCCUUUCCAGUGAGCACACCUGAUCCAGCAACAUCUUCAUUGGACUCGCCAGCUGGAUUAGGUGGGGGGCUCUCCAGUGUGGAUUCCCCCUCCAGCUUGCACAGUCCUGGUGGGUCAUACAUUGACCUCAGCAAUCUGAGUGCUAUGGACAGUUUUCUUUUUGACCAUUUAUUGCCUUCGCCACCUAGCGGUGGCCAGCAAAACUCAGCAGAUGCCUCACCAGACCUCUCUCACUUGCAGGCUGUGAACAGCCCACUCAGCAGUGUGGACCCUUUGUCAGCAGCUGCGAGCCCCAUGUCAGAUGCAGCCUUUGGCUCACCCCUUUCAGCUGGCAUCCCUAUCACAGCCAGUGGCAACAACAAUAUAAACGAUUCUACUUUGUGUGUGAACGGCUUGGGGCAGCUCAACAUGAAUACCAAUUCCUCUAGCUCUUUGCUUUCACCACAUCCUCAGACUCCUCAACAACAGCAGCAGCAGCAGCUGGCAUCUGCAGACGCUCAGAGCAUGUCACCCAUCAUAACCAUUGUAAAGACAGAACCUGAGUCCUGUCAAGCCUCAUCACACAACCUCAACACCAUUAGGCUCAAGACAUACUCUGGGGAUUGUCAGCAUAUGUCCCCUAACCACAACACCCUUAAGUUCAAAACAGAGCCUGGCUCACCCACAGAAAUGACAGCUGCCUUCUUCAUGUCUGGCAUGCCUGAGAACUCUGACUACACCUGUGAUGUGGCAGCCAUCAUGGAUGAUGUAAAGCAGGUACCUACAGAGACACGGCGCCUGUUGAUAGAACAGGUGACAGAUGCUGUGGUUGAAGCACACCUUGUCACCAGCAUCAAUACCUACAAGGCCGUAGCAGAGGCUAACAAGAGGUUUGAAACUCACAAAGAUAUGCCAGACCUGAGUUCUUUGUCCCUCAGUCCCACAUCCAUCUGGCAGAAAUUUGUGUCCUCUAUGGUGCCAGAAAUUACUAAAGUGGUAAAAUUCUGCAAGAAGCUACCAGGCUUCAUGGAGAUUGACCAAGAGGACCAGAUUAAGCUCAUUAAACAAGGAUCCUUUGAGGUUCUGUUGACCCGCUUCUCUAUGCUGGUUGAUCCAGACAACCAGGACAUGCUUGAUCCAACACACACCGUUCGAACACCACGGCAUGUCAUAAAAGCAAUGCCAAUGGGGGAGUUCUUGGAUGAGUUCUUCUUUGUGGCUGCUCAGUUCAACCCACUAAAGCUGACAGAUGGCGAGAUCGGUCUUUUUACGUCUGUACUUAUUAUUUGUCCAGACCGAAAGGGACUGAAUAAAAAGAAUGCCAUUGCUAAGAUACAAUCUCUGUUUCAUCAGGCCCUGUUCUACCUUAUGAAGCACAACCACCCAGAUCCUGAAGGCAAGUUCCGCCAGCUUAUGGGCCUCAUCCCAAUGUUCAGGCGUAUUAAUGAUGAGCACUUCCGAGCUCUCAACAGCAUCAAGAUGAAGUCACCAGAAGAAUUUGAAAAACAGUUUCCAGAUCUGCACAGAGAAGUCUAUGAUAAUUCUUGUUAAUUUGGGCACACCUGUAAUUGUUGCUGUGUUGGGCCGUGGAGAUAGCCAUUGUAGUGCUUUAAAAACAAGUACUUUUAUCUGACAGUUUGUUGGACAAGCUUUCCUUUUCAUAGUGAAGCAAAGCAAGAUGUUCAUUUUUUUUUAAUGGGAAGAGUAUAGGAUGCCCAUUUAAAAAAAACUUAUUUGUCUUGUGGGAAGUCCAAAUGGUACUGGUGUUGUGGAGACUCAGACUCUUCUGUGUGCUCAAGGAGAGCAUUUUGUCAGUUUCACAGAGACACACCCUUGUUUUUGCUCAGAACCUUGUAUGUGCUUGUAUGCAGGCAUGCAAACCUGUUGUUUUUAAAAUCAACGUGAUACUUUUAUUUGUGGGGUGGAGUGGGCUAGAAUCUUUAAUCUCUGUUCAGUAUGGUUGACCAGAAGGUCAUUUUUAUUUUGGUCAUCUUAUAUCAUAUUACAAUAAUAUUAGAACAUGCAAUGCAUGCUGAGAGUUUGCCAGACUGUUGUGUGUGUGUGUGUUGAUAAUGUCUUUAGUCAUUAUUUUUAAUUGUUGACAAAGGUUUUUUCAUGAAUGGGCAGAUAUGACUUAAUUAAAAGUCUAAAGAUUAGCAGAAAUAGACUUGUUAUUAUAAUGUCUUUUAGAGUUGAUUCUCCAGAUUGUAAAGAAUUUUUUGACAUUGGUGAAAGUUAAAUAAUAAUAAUAAAUACAAAAUUUAUGUAGCCUAUGCUUACACUCUUAAGAAGCAUGCUCUUAGGGCUUAAGAACAAGAACGAGACAAAGGGGCAACAGUACUGAUGAUGAAUAAAAGACAUCUAAAAAACAAAGAGGAUCCAAGUAACAAGGACUAAAAGUAUCAUGAUUUUGCAAAUGGGAGAUGAGCAAGGAGGUAGCAAUAAGUGGGAAAGGGUGGGAAAAGGGCUGUUGUUACGAAUAAUAUUUAUGGAUGAGAUGCAUUUUCAGUGCACGUUUAAAAGAUUCACUAGUGAGUAGGUGAUGGAUAUGGAAAGGGAGAGAGUUCCAUUGUUUUGCUGCACAAUACCUAAAAAUCCUGUGGCCAUAUGUUGUUGUUUUGGUGACAGAAAUAGUUAGGAGACAGUCGUCAGACAAGUGGAAUUGUCUAGCUGAGAUGUAAGGGAAGAGAAGCUCAGAGAAAUAAUCAGGGCAGGUUCCAGUAAAGAAAUUACAGCAUAACACGGACAGUUUGUACUGGAUGCCAGAACGGAUGGGAAGCCAGUAUAGAAAAUGAAGGAGACGGUGGCAUGGUCCUGUUUCCUAACUCUAAGCACCAGAUUUGCAGUGGAGUUCACUACUUUUUGAAGUUUGUGAAGAAGGUAUUCAGGGCAGCCAGCAAGCAAGGAGUUGUAGUAAUCAAGCUAAGAAAGUACAAACGCACAGACAAGAGUGUUGGUAGUGCGCAUAGAGAGAAUGUGACGGAUGGCGCUAAUCUCACUUAGCUCAUAAAAGGCAGACUGAUAGUUGUAACUUGUUUAUCAAGAGUCCUAUCUGCAGUGACAAUGAAUCCCAGAUUCCUGAUGAGUGACACAAAGGUGAUGUUGGUUUUGCCCACCUUGAUGUAGCUUGGCAGACAAAGUAAAGAUUCAUUUCUUCUUCUCAAGCAUAGGAGGGCUUCUGCUUUAUCAUUGUUGAGUUUAAGUUUGUUUGUUACCAUCCAGAUGACAUUUGGCCCAGAUAGAGUUGUGGUGUCAAGAAGCUACAGAUAUCAGUUGCCAGCAUGUUCUUUAGAAGUCUGGGGCUGCUGCUCAUGGGAGUAGGAGUCAGCUUUACAAUUGCAUAGUCCAUGCACUCUGUGGUAACAGCGCAGGCUCUACGUUCUUGUACACCACUCUUAAAACUAUAAUAUGUUAUUAUAGAUGUUUCUUUAGAUGUCUUUUGUGACCUCAACUGUUUUGAACCAUAUGUUUAAAGGUAUAGGGCUUUAAGUACUGAUCACUACACGUAGUGUCACUUUGUUUAGCCGCUUUCGUCCUUUCCUUUCAUAAGCAGCUGUCUUCUUUCCAUUCAGGUAGUGUGGACACAGUGUAGUGAACAAUAACUGCAUGUUUAUACAUUUGGUAAUGUCUGCUUUUCAUAUCUACAGGCUUUAGUGCAUGUGUGUGUUUUUGCAGCCUUGUUGAGUCAAAGUUACAAAAUUCAUCAGAAAUGCAUAAUGUCCAUAACUUGAACUGUAACUUGUUUAAUAUGCAUUUAGUUUUUUGUUUUUGUGGGGGUUGUUAUUUUGCUUUUUGUUGUUUUUGUUUGUUUUUUUGUUUUGUUUUUUUCUCAGGCAGGUAAAUCUUAGGUAGCUUGUCCCUUAUAAUGCUCUAGCUGCUGUGGUCAUAACUGUUGCUACAAGUGCAGACUGGCAGAAAUCCUGGCUUCAUUCGCACGAUGUUAAGGAAUGGUAACAGGCACAAGAGUGACCACAGACAAGUUUCUGAGCGUCAGGGUGUGGCAGUGCCAUCUUGAACUUGACGGAGGAUGGAGUUGAUGUCAUCUGUCCAUGAGGAACAGAAAACAGACUGCUGAACUCAUCUGCCAGUGCCUUGGCAGGGUCUGCAAACUUGCCAUGUACAUAUAAUACAGUCAUUGGGAUUUAAAAUGCAAAAUAGUUUUGUGGAAGUUUACAAGUUUUCUUUCAUCACAUAAUAUUCAACAUUUUCUGUUUUUUGUAGUUUUUGUUAUUUGUCACAUAAUGAUAAGAGGCCUUGUGACUAAAUUAAAUAGAAUAUGGAUGCAUAAAGACGACAAACAUGCAGUGUAAAAACAGAAAAAUGGCUCAACCAAAAUAAAAGGAACUGCUUUUAAUGAUUGAUCCCGUAUAUUGUAAAAACUUAUAUUUGACAUUAUAGUUACAUUGAUGUUUUGUUGUUUUAAAGCUAGUGUGUUUAAAUAUUCAAGAAUCCUGACACUUAAGAAGAUGCAUAUAUAGAUAAAAAGCUGUCUUUUGUAAAUUUUUGAGAUUGCUGAUGAAUAGUUGUCCUUUCUCCAAACCAGUGCAAAGAUGUCAAACAUUGUCUCAGUUCAGAAGCCAGGACACAUAAUAAUGUUUUCGUUAUUGCUUUAUAAAACAUAAGGGUUUUCUUUGCUGUUCUCAGAUGGUCAUUUAAAAUGUUUUUGCAAUACAUACCUUUGCAUUCACAAACCAUCCCAUCGGCCCAUUAUAAGUAUACCAUUCAUUGCUGUCCUUUUUCUGCUGCUAUGUGAGCAUGGAGAUCUGCAUACAUUGUCUUUGUCGAAAACCUGUUGUAAAUUGUGUUGCUGUUCUUUGUCAGCAAUUGUAAUGGUGUGUAGGGCUGUCUGUACUGUAAUGGUGUAGGAGUCUUGCAUGUGCUUCAUCAUCAUCCAAAGACUGAUGGCCAGGAGAUUUGUCAAUCUUUGUACCAAGAGUUUGAUAGAAUUUUUGAAUUGGCAUCUUUACCCCAUUUUGAUUGAUUUUGUAUGUUCUCACUGCUCCAUUUUCUGUGUAAAGCUGUGACUUCAGUGUGAUGCAUCUGUCUUAGUGCAGCAGGCACAUAGAGAAGUACAGAAACUCAGUUAAAUGACUGCCUUGGCACAGAAUCUUUGCUGUGUUGCAUGAAGAACUGAUUACAAGAAAGAACAAGAGUGGAGAGACCAUGCAAGUCGCAAGGAACAUUAGCAGAAACAACAUAAAACAGAUAAAACAUGUCAGAUUUGUGCACACUGACAAUUCAUUCUUUAUAAGACAUGAAGCUGCUUUGAUAGUGGAGUGGUUGGCUGACACUGUAAUGCUUUUAAACAAACAAAAACCCAUGAUGGUGAUGAAAUUUUUUAAGUUGCUGAAGAGCAGAGUCAGGAGAAUCAGCAAGGAAUGAAUUACAGAAAUUUAGUCAUAUCUGAAGAGUUUAAACUCCUAAAACCAUAAUUCAUUUGAAAACUGAAGUUUGUUGUCUCCCUUUUUACUUUUGCUUUCCUAGAAUUGGUGACACUGUGUCUGUGGGACAUAUUUGUACCUGGUUACAAGGGUUAGGCAUUUUCUUACUAUGUUCAUGAUAAUAUUACCAAACAUCUUUUUGAUGAAGCCAUUUCAUAUCCCAACUUGGUGGAUAGCUACUUGAUGCUAAUGCAUUAUCAUCAUUUUUAUACUACAUCCAAAAAAAAUAUAGAUUAUGAUGUCACUUGCAAGGGAAUAAAAUUAGACAUUUUAAUUUAAAUAUUGCUUGCUCAAAAAAGAGAGGACUUUUGUGGGAGGGUAACUAAUAUGGAUUGUAAAGGGGUCUAUGAUGGCAUUUUGAGUAAUUUUAAAAUCCCAAGUUUCUAUUUGUCUGGAAACAAUACAUGAUAGAAUAAUGCAUCUGGACAGUGGUUCAAGGCUUUCUUGGUAAAGAAUAGCAAAAGGUAUUUUAGGCUGUGAUAUACUGAAGAAUUUUGAAGGUAAUUUAUUUGCAGAUAUUUCUUGAUGUAAAUUAUAGAGGCCUUUUGAAGGUCAGCAGUUUUUACUGUUGUGUAGAUAUAUUAUUAGAAAACAUGCAUGUAUGUGUAUGUUGUGUAGUGUUCUAUUUACACUAAGUAUGCUACUUUGUACUGCUCAUAUUUUUAUACAGUUUUUUUAAACAUUGUGAAAGCAAUUUUCGUUUUUUUCUGGUCCUGUAAAUGAGAAAAUUUAAAACUAACUUUUCUGUUAUUUUGUGAUUGUUAAUUUGUAGACAGUUCUUUCUGCGCUGAUCUGAAACAGAUAUGACAGUGGAAUUAGUUACAUGGCCUUUAUAACCACAGACUGGAGUUUCCAUAGCAGUCCACGAGCAUACACUGAAGCAGGCAUUGCAACUGCAUACUGCUAAAGCUGAGAGAACUCAUUCUAAAAGUUAACAGUACUUUUAUACUUCCUUUAGUCAGAUAAACAUGUCAGCCAACUGUCACUCCAUGUAUGUGUAGCAAAAUAUCUCAUAUUGCAAGAGAGUAAUAGUGUAAUAUAAUAAUAUUGGAUUUAAGGAUUGAUUUAAAUAGUGGGUAGGGGGACGAGUGGAGAAUGGAGGAAGACAAGUUCACAAGCAUGUGUAAACCAGAGAAGUCCUCCUCCAUUAUGUUUGUAUAUUAUUUACUGUUAGAAUGUAAAGGCAGCAGGACUUCAUGGUCAUUAUAUUUGGUUCAAGCACCAUCAGUUAGCUUUGUGUUAAUCUUUCUAGAGGAUGGUAUGGGGAGUCUUGCAGCCUACAUGUAACACCACUUUAAUGGUGUAGCUUGCUUGCAGAUAUGUACUGUUAUUAACUGCCUUUCAUUCUAAGUUUUGUUUUUCUUGUGUCCUGCUUUCAGCAUUUUCUGCAUAGCUUCUCUGCAGGCUGCCUUGAUUCCUGGUAGGGAGUUUGCACAGACAUAAAUCUGUGCUAAAAUUAAUAGGUGAUUUAUAGUCAACAACAAUUCUUUGUUUGUAUUUUUUGACAGGAAGUGUGCAGAUUUUCACCUGCUAGAUAGAAAUACCUGAUUCCAUAUGAGCAAUAUCUGAAUCUCACAGUGACUGUGGGGAUAGUUUACAUAAGCUAUGAAAUUUUUUUUCCAGAUAGUGCAUUUGAUUCCUUGAAAACAGUCUGGGGUUUUGUUAAUGAAAGAUUGACUACUUGUGGUAGAUAAGGUACUGAAGUAGCUUCCUUCCUAGUAAAACAAGACGCUCACUUAGUCUGAUAGAUAAAAAGUUGGGCUUGAUAUGUACAUCUAUGAUUGCAUCAUCUGUUUGUACGAAAGUAGAACUAUUUCAAAAUAACUUGUGAACAUCGUGUUCAGUAAUUUAGCAUUCAUGCAAAGUGUAUGAAAAAUUAUUGUGCUAAGUGUAUUUGAAAUAAUUGUGCUAAAUGAAACAAUUUUCUAAAUGUUUAAAUUGUUUUGAGCAUAUGAAAAAUAUUUUACUAAUUGUAUGAGAAGCAAUUGUAUUGACUGUAAAAUAUACUCCUAGGUAUCUGAGAACUGAGUAUCAGACAUUUGAUGUGUUCUUUAAUUGUUUGAAUUGAUUGUCAGGAAAUAAUAAGUUGAUGUUCAACCAGAAGAUUAUGUGUGAUAUCAAAUAAUAUAUGUGCAUAAUUCUUUUACGCUAGUUCUGUUCUUGAGGUAUACAAUGUGCAGAAAUUGUCAGCAUAAUUGUUAUGCUUUUAACAUAACUGUUGAUGAGAUGUCUGUUACAUUGUCAUAAUACCCUCUUCGCUGGUUAAUGAAAGACUGACAAAUGACCUUUGAUGUUCAUGUUUGUACUUGAAACAUCUUGGCAUAGAUGAAACACUUCUUUUAAUGGAUCCCAUCUUUUGAACAGGAUUAUUCGCCAUAUGGAUGGAAGGAAAUAUUUCUAUUUUGAGCUCACUGUGAGUUAUAUUUUUAAAUACCAAGUUGUUGACUUUUUAUUUGAAAAUAAAUCUACUUGCAGUGUUGAAUUUUGAAUCAAUUUGUGGGCUGAAAACUUGCCACUCCAACAUGCUAGCUUUUAAAGGCAUUAUUUUUCUGUUCUUCGCUCUCAUCAUUCUUAUUUUACGAGGUAUUUUUCGUAGACUUCAUACAUACUGCAAACAACAUGCUAGUUAGGAAGAUGAUUACUUAAUCUGACAAAAUUUGUCUUUGUCCUAAAGUUACAGACUGUGUCUGUUGUGUGAGAGCAAGGCUGUUUCAGACUUCUAUCUCACAGUGUUGGAGUAUGCAUGAGGGAAAGUGGUUAAAGCAGUAUUCACAAUACAACCCAGCUACCAGUACUGAAUGUUAAGAAGAUAGCAUUGCCUGAACAAAGAGUCAUUAGAAAAGAAUCUGGACCAUGACAGUCCAUGUGCGCUGUCCAUCAGGAAAAAUCCAAGGUUGUGCUCUAGACGUGGUAGUAACAGGACUUCAGGAAGAUUUCUGACAAUGCUAACAUUAUUCCCCACAAUUACAAGAUGCAGCUGAAAUAAUUAAAAACUGAAAGUCUGUCCCAAGACUAACUAAAACUACCAAUCCACUUAUUAAAGUGAAAUGGUGUUCACAGGCUUUGAAUUAUGCAGAUGGUGUUGCUGAGACUGAUGUCAGGUGUCUUUUACAUCACAAUGGUCUAACAUCCCACCCACAGGCACUGUUGUCCCUACAGCAGCUUCUUGAUCCUUCUUAUGAACAUGAGCUAGAUUGGAGAUAAUGUAAAGGUUCUUCCACUUCACCUUCCACUUUUGAAAUUACUGUUACCUUGUUUAAAAUGUGUUACCAAAGGUUUUUGGCAUUGCUACUCAGCUACUGUGUAUCUUGUUAAUGCUGUCUUGUUGAAGGGAGAUAAGUCAUGUCUAGAGCAGCAGAUACCCACUUGUAACACAAAGCUAUUUUUCUUUUUCAAAUUCAGCUUUUCUAAAGACAUUGAUGAACUCAACAUUGUGUUGCAGGAGUGCCCAUAGAGACGAGCUUAAUUGUAAACAUUGUUUUUCAUUUGGUUACCCAGACUGUGAUGAACAGAGGGUUGAGCUGUUAUUGAUUAUAUUCUUUUCUUUGUGUAUUUUUUAAAGCCUGGGAGUGGAAGUGAUUGGGUCAGUGAUUGCCUUCAGUUUGUUUAUGGACAAGUAUUUUUGGUUUUUCAGCAUGAGAGUUAAACUGUGUUAAAUUGGUGUAACUUGAAAAUUAUGUUUAAAACGAGAGCAUUAAGGAAGAAGGUUGACUUACAAUUCCUGUUUGUUGAUAUAUGCAUAUUUAAAAAAUUUUAUUGAAUCUUUCUGUUUCUAUAUGCAGCAUUCAACAGGAAAAAUUAAUGGAAUCCUUUAAUGAAGCCAAAUCUACAUGGCUAGAAGCAUUUGUAUAGUUUUGUUUUGGAGAAGGUGUAUUGGAAAGACAUGUUGAUAUUAUGUGCAAUAUAGUUACAGUGCUGUGUACAUAGAUGGACAAACAGCCAUGAACCGAGCACACGUUACAGUGUGUGCGUGUGCAUGUACACGCAUGCAGAAACAUACAGCAACAGUGUGAAGCAAGCAGCUUUUAUUCUCCUUGCAUGCUUAGGUGCUGUUUGAGUAAAGCACUGUUUCUGAGGACUUGUUUGUGAUAAGCAAGGCAGCUGAACGAGAAGACUCGGGUGUUCUCUGAGGUACCUGUGCUAUUGUUUCCAUUGCAUGUUAGAUCUUGAUAACAAAGCCCCUGCAUGUGGGGCUGGCACCGUGCAGUCUAAGAACAUGUCACUAAUAUUGAGUUUCUGGUGUGUCUGUGAGUGAAACACUGCUUGAGUAAGACACCCAUCUCACAUUGCCAGUGAAGAGGACAGUGGAAGUCUGUCGCUUCUCACCCUGCUCCUUAAUGACAACGAUGUUUUACCCCUUUCUGGGAUAUUGCGUCGGCAGACAGGACAGUUUUGGUCCAGAUGGUGGGGUACAUCACUUGUGAGUGAAAGGACGAUGUGGCACUUAAUGUGCCCUAGUGUUUGUGGAGCCCUGAACUGUGCUACAGGGUGGAUGAAGGGCCAGGCACACAGGACUAGCAUUGAGCUUAGGUGUGUGGGCUCCCACAACACCUGGUAUUUUGUUUGUUUGUCUCUCUUGUUUUUGAUGUUUGUUUGUCUCUCUUGUUUUUGAUGUUUGUUUGUCUCUCUUGUUUUUGAUGUUUUGUUUGUCUUGUUUUUGUAUUUUUUGAGAGUGCCUUGCUGGAGAGCCUGGUCAUGUUGAUUCACCUCAAAUGCUUUGCUGUUGAAUUUUGUGCUUGUCAGCUGACUACCGCAUGGUUCCAACAUCUUCAAUGAAAGCUGCUCACAUACUCACUCACCUGUAUUCCACUUCUCUUGCCUUUCUGUUGGCUUGCCAUGAUAUGGCCUCAGCUGCUGCCAUGGUAUUAAGCAACAACAACCAAGUUGUUCACAGUGUGUGUGUGUAACAAGCUUAGCUGAACUCUGCUGCAGUGAGUGGCUGUGAUUGUCCCACAGAUUGUAGGAUAUUAUUCUGGACCUAUGUUGGGAAACUUGUGUUUUAAAGAGAGAGCGACUCUAUGCUUGUAAACUUUGUUCUAGGGAAGAGUGGGCCUGUCGGUUAACUGAAUUGUUGUGGACAGAACAGACCAUGUGUCUCAGCUGAUCUGUUUAUGUGUUGACUGCUGCUCUACAAAACCCUGUCUUGUGUGUCUCAGCGCUCAGGUCUGUUGAUUCCGGGGUAAAUUUAUUGCUCAGUAGUCAUUUGUUACAGUGUUGCCGCCCGCUCGCUAGUGUGAGAGAGACAGGUGGCUGUCGGUAGUGACCUAACACUAAUGUCUUGUAAUAGGGAGUGGUAAGCAUGUAGAUGUUAGUCACCAAUAAACAUUGUUCUCUGAAGUAAAUGAAAGCUGACAUUUUCUGUGACAGAAUGCUUUCAUCGGUUCAUUAUCUUGAUAAAUUACGGUUUCGUGGUUUUAUGAAUGUCCUGGGUUCACGCAUUGAAGCUCCUGUGGUCGUCGGUUGACGAAGUUCGAGGCGCUCUGGUCUCUUUCCCUCUCUCCCCCAACCACCACCACCACAACAACAACCAUGGAAGUCAGGAUUUUUUUCUUUGUACAUAAAUAACUUGCAUCCCCCCUGCGUAACCCGACUGCUGCCUUAGAAGGCUAUAAACUGUUGCCUGGUUGCAAGCCUUCCUUGGAUGUAAGAACCUUGGCAACAGUCUUGGACCUGGCGACCUGCCUCGUUGGCGGCUGGAAGCGCGGGUCACGUGACGCUGAGGUCACAGCACGUGCUUAUCUUGUUGAAGACAAAAAUCAGGGAUUCAGACUCGAAAUGGCCUUUUGGCGGCACUGGCGAGUCAGCCGCGCUCGCCCGUGUUUCAUCGUUUGCUUGUUGAUCAUGUCCACCACUUUCAUCGUACAUCCCCUCACAUCUCAUCAAAUUGUUAUCGAAGGCUUUGCUUGAGAAGGAAAAAAAAAAUUCCCUUUUUUUUUCCAUUGUUCCAGAUUGUUCGCUUUUUGCUAUGAAAGCGUCCAGCUUCUCUUGGCAGCCACAAAGCCAACUUCUCGACUUUGUUCGACUUUGUUCGACUUUUGAUUCGCGUGUCGCGCUGUUCCACUGAGUUCCGCCGCUUUGUUGACGCAUGAGGUACAAUACUUGUGCUUGGAAUGAUGAGGUCACUAUCGUACAUUGUACAUUCGCAGCUAUGAGAGUCAGUUAAUGUCUUAAACUCUUUUUAAAUGAAGCAUUUGUCAUUGUAUUCGUGGAAAAAUAUUUUAUCUCUUAUUGUGGCGUUUUGUUGAAAAUUGUUACAAAGGCAAAUAAUAUACUUGAGAAAACUUA